AUGAUGAUAACGAUAAUGGUGUUUAAAUCUAUUCAUCGUUUAAUAUUAUAUUUUGCUAUUGGUUUAAUAACAUUUCUAACAAUUAACAGUGAAGAAUACAAUGGAGGAUUAUUAUAUAACUCCAGAUUAAAUGCAUUUAAUAAACGUUGGUUUCCUGUGAAAGAAUUUCAUUAUGAUGAACCACUAGAGAUUAAAAAGAGGCCCUUAAUGUUUCAUAAACGUUGGUUUCCAGUGAAAGAAUUCCACUAUGAUGGACCACUUGAAGUGAAGAAACGACCUAAAUUUUACAAUAAACGUUGGUCUCCUAAGUUAAAAAGUGAAAACGAUAUUACCUGUCUGAAACCUCUUGGUUACCUUCAUGAGCAUUUGCAUUACAUAAUAUUUUCAUUAAUUGAAAGAUAA